AUGUGGCGGAUGCGCUGGCAGACGUUAGGCCUCACGGCCGUGAGUGUCGGCUUGGCUCUGGAGACCCUGGGCUUCUUGGUCGGCUGGCUGAGGCAGCACCUGCGCCGGCGACAUCGGCCCCCGCGGCGGGAGGUGCUGUUCUUCCCCUCGCAGGUGACCUGCACCGAGGCCCUGCUGAACGCCCAGCGGCAGGGAGGCCCUCCGGAGGCGGCGCCGGCGGCCGCGGGGCCCGAUGUCCGGAGGUCGCCCGGCCCGGCUGCGGGGGCAGCGGGCUCGGGCGCGGCGGCCGUGGCGGCCUCGAGCUGCCUGUGCCCGCUUCCGCACGGGGAGAGCUCCCUGAGUCGCCUGCUGCAGUACGUGCUGUCGGCCCACAGCAGCCUCGAGCUCUGCCUGUUCGCCUUCUCCAACCCGCAGCUGGGCCGCGCCGUGCACCUGCUGCACCAGCAGGGGGUCCGCGUGCGCGUGGUCACCGACUGCGACUACAUGGCGCUCAACGGCUCCCAGAUCGGCCGCCUGCGCAAGGCAGGUAUCCAGGUACGUCAUGAUCAAGGUGCUGGCUACAUGCAUCACAAAUUUGCCAUUGUAGAUAAGAAGAUGCUUAUUACAGGUUCUCUCAACUGGACCACACAAGCCAUUCAGAACAAUAGAGAAAAUGUUUUGAUUGUGGAGGAUGAAGAAUAUGUGAGACUUUUCUUGGAAGAAUUUGAACGUAUUUGGGAGGAGUUCAACCCUGUGAACUAUACUUUUUUCCCUCAGAGAAAGUGA